CCGCGGGUCGUGCGCACGGAAAAUGCCUCUGCGGGACAAGUGCUGUCAGACGGAGCACCACCACCACGGCUGCUGCGAGCCAGUGCAUAUAUUGGAACCUGGUGAUCCUCCACUAUUACAGCAGCCUUUGCAAACAUCAAAAUCUGGUAUUCAGCAAAUCAUCGAGUGUUUUCGAUCAGGAACUAAACAACUUAAGCAUAUCUUGUUGAAAGAUGUGGACACCAUUUUUGAGUGUAAAUUGUGCCGGAGUCUCUUCAGGGGAUUACCAAAUUUAAUUACUCAUAAAAAGUUUUAUUGUCCUCCAAGUCUUCAGAUGGAUGAUAACCUUCCAGAUAUAAAUGAUAAACAGAGUCAAGCCAUAAGUGAUCUCCUAGAAGCAAUCUAUCCAAGAGUAGAUAAGCAAGAAUAUAUAGUUAGACUAGACCCUAUAGAAACGAAUCAGAAUGCUGUAUUUCAGUAUGUGUCAAGGACUGAUAGCCCAGAUGAGAACACAGAAAGUAGUAGUGCUCCUGAUCAAGCUCCAGUACCAAUACAGGAACCCAGCACUGAACCACCCAAGGCUGUUUCAGCUCCUGCUCCAGUUGGGGAGACUGUGGAAUUACCUCCUGCUGAUCCUGUUACAAACAAGCUGACCCCUACUCCUGAAGAACAGCCCCCAGCCGUAACACCUGAAGUGGACUCUUUGGAUAAUUCUGAUUUUGGCCACCAGUUGAUUUGUUGUCUUUGUAGAAAAGAAUUUCAUUCUAGACGCAGUGUUCGCCGGCAUAUUAGAAAAGUACACAAAAAAAAGAUGGAAGAGCUGAAGAAGUACAUAGAAACAAAAAAGAAACCAAAUCUGUGCUCUGCAAAAGGCCGAAAUAAGAACGUUCUUGUAGCAUUAGGUAGAAGUUGUCCUGUAUGUUAUAAAUCAUUUGCCACAAAAGCCAAUGUAAGAAGGCAUUUUGAUGAAGUCCAUAGAGGAUUAAGAAGGGAUUCCAUUACUCCUGAUAUAGCUACAAAGCCUGGGCAACCUUUGUUCUUGGAUACAGUUUCUGCUAAAAAAUCUUUUAAGACCCGAAAACAAAAGUCGUCUUCAAAGGCUGAAUACAAUUUAACUGCAUGCAAAUGCCUUCUGUGCAAGAGAAAAUAUAGUUCACAAAUAAUGCUGAAAAGGCACAUGCAAAUUGUUCACAAGAUAACUCUUUCUGGAAAGAACUCUAAAAGAGAGAAAGGGCCCAACAAUACUGCCAAUGGAACAGAAAUAAAACUAAAAGUUGAACCAGCAGAUUCUGUAGAACCUUCGCCCCCUUCCAUCGCUCUUUCUCCACAGAAUGAAUUAAAGGGAACAAAUCAUUCAAAUGAGAAAAAGAACACACCGUCAGCACAGAAAAAUAAAGUUAAACAGGACUCUGAAAACCCUAAAUCAACCUCUAAGUCAACCACUAAAUCAACCUGUAAAUCAACUACUAAAUCAACUUCUAAGUCAACCAAUGCAUCUGCUGCAGGUGGCCAGCAAAAAACCAGGAAGCCAAAACUUUCAGCUGGCUUUGACUUCAAGCAGCUUUACUGUAAACUCUGUAAACGCCAAUUUACUUCGAAACAGAACUUGACAAAGCACAUUGAAUUACACACAGAUGGAAAUAACAUUUAUGUUAAAUACUACAGGUGUCCUCUCUGCUCUUAUGAAACACGUCGCAAACGUGAUGUGAUAAGGCAUAUAACUGUAGUUCAUAAAAAGUCACCACGCUACCUUGGGAAAAUAACUGCAAGUUUAGAAAUUAGAGCAAUAAAAAAGCCAAUUGAUCUGGUUCUAAAUAAGGUGACAAAAAGAGGCCCUCAGAGGGAUGAAACAAAACAGAUUGGUUCAAAACACGAUGUCACCUCUAAUUCGCCCAAUAAAAAGUAUGAAGGAGCUGAUGUUGGCAUUGAAGUAAAAGUAACAAAAAACUUUUCUCUUCACCGAUGCAAUAAGUGUGGGAAAGCAUUUGCCAGAAAAGCUUUUCUAGAACAUCAUAAGAAAACCCACAAGGCGAAUGUAUCUCAUUCACCUGAAGAAAACAAAACCAAAGGCAGAAGUACGAGAUCUAAAGCUGUUGUCUGUGAAAGAGGAAAUAACUCAAUACCUUCUGUUCAGAGGAGUAACUGCUGGGAGUGCAGUAACGUGUUGAUAGCUAUGAUGAGCCAUAUACAGGUGUCAUUUAGAUUUAUGAGCCUGGAAAGGACCAUUAUGAUCAGGUAAUCUGACUUGAAUACGCUAACGAAGCUUGUGCGUACAUUAGACCUGUCCCCUCCAUGGCUGACUUCCAGCAAGUUACUGAGAAAGAUUUUGUCUUGAUUUUAAUAUUAACCUCCUGUUGUUUGUUCUUGCUCUCCCUCUCCCACCCUCUCUUUUGUUAUGUUCUCUGUUACCUGUCUCCUGCCCCUUUAGGCAAUUUCUAUCAUGCUUC